AUGCCGGCCAAUGCGUCGAGAAGCCCGAGCAAGUCCGGCGGGAGAGGCAACGAGUCUGCGGCACGGAGGAGGGCAUACCAGCAGUCGGAGAGCCUUUCCUUCGGGGACGGCAGCCCUCGGUGGUUUGAUGCCAAUUUCUACAUCCAGGUGGAGCACUGUGGCGGGAUCGCGCAGCAGUCCUUUGCCGCCUUCUCGGUGCGUUUGGAAGAGGAGCUGUACCAGAAGAAGGCGCAAGCGCUGAAGGAAGACCUCGACUCCUUCUUUGAAGGAUGCAUUGAGGUGGUGCUGGUAGAGGUGCCCACGCUCUACGCGUUGGAGGUGCGCGUCAUGCGCGAAAAGCACCAUCCUCGUCACGGUUCCGCAGUUUUUGGGGAGGAGGCCUGCGCCCAGGGGGCCAAGACACUUUUCUCCAAAGUGGCCUGCAAGAAAUGGCCCAAAGCCGACGAGCUCUACGUGCAGCUGCAGGAGUUCACUCGCAUUCCUGUGAGCUUCCGUGUGCUUUGCACAGAGCUGCCGCCAGGGGUAGGAGCCACGCCCAUCACUGCCGAAGGAGCCGCCGGCGACCCGUUGUUCCCUUUGGAGAACUUGAUUUUCAAGGUGAUCCACAGCACCGGCACGGAGCAUCGCUGCAGUACGGAUGGAGAGGGCCGGGCGACGCAGGUCCUUUUUCCCGCGAAGUUCAGCUUGGUAUGCGAAGAAGGGAGCUACUACGAUCGGCUGGAUCCUGGCGAAAUCGAGGUGCCAUCCUUGUUCCGACCACUUCAGUUCGUCCUCGUGGCGAAGAUGAAGAAGGUCUGCAGCUUUGAGGUCGUGGAUCACCUGGACAGGCCUUAUCGCAACUUUCCGCUGAGGCUCACGCGGCGCAAGCAGAGCUUGGGGUCAGUGCCUCUGGAGCUCCUCACCAAGGGCCACGGGCGCGUGAAGGGUCGGCUGGGCGUUGGCCGGCACAUCGCCUCGUAUGGUGGCACGGAGGACUCCUCAUCCCUGCCUGUCGAGCCGCUGUCUCACGAUCUCGAGGUCUUAGACAUUGACGCACACCAGAGCUUCCGGAUUUGUGUCAAACGCUGCCGAUUCCUGUGCGAGAUCACUCUGCGCACACGCUUCCAUGAGCCAGCUAGGGGCUGCCCUUUCUUUGUGAGGUCUGGGCGCAAGCGCUUGCAGAAGCCGCUCGCUAGCGGCAUCACCUCGAGCAAAGGGGUGGCAAGCGUUGAGCUGCCUCCUGGGAAGCUCGUCUUCUUCCUGGAACCUGAGGGGACGUCUCCGUAUGUACCUUUGCAGUUCGAAAUGCAGGUGGGAGAGAUGGGCCAGUAUGAGCCAAAGAACUACCAGGUGGAGACGAAGUCGGUAAACGUCAACCUGAGCCUCAUCACGCCCUACGGCGAACCAGCUCCGAAUUGUGAGUUCGAGCUCCGCGCCUGCUUCCAAGAGGAUGGCACGGCGCCGGAAGCUGGGUUGAGUUUCUGCAGUGACGAGCAGGGCCAGGUGCUGGUUGCUUUGGAGUUGCUUGAACCCUUCGUCUUCUCGGUGAAGCCAUCGUCUGAUGGCUCCGAGUACAUGCCGCAGGACAUUUCUUUUCUCACGGACCGUCAAGCACUAACAAUCGUUGUUGUCAGGUCACUGCUUGGCAGGAUCUCCGAGGACAAUGUGGUGUUUGUGGUGGACGCCUCAGGGUCCAUGCAGGCGUAUCUGGAGGAUGUGAAAAGUGCGGUGAACCUGGCCUUGAUGCAGCAGUUUCACAAAACUGGGCGGUGCUUCAACAUCUUGGCUUUCACGGAUUACCAGGUGGAGUUCCAUGGUGACCUCGUUGAUGCUACGCCCAAGAACGUGGAGGCUGCCAUGCGAUUCUGUCAGCAAGUGCAGGCGGGGGGCAUCAGCAAUCUUGCCGCAGCCUUGCGACUGGCGUUUUCUUACAAGAGCGCCGAAGCCAUCUACUUAAUCACUGAUGGUGAAUCGGAGGUCAAAGAGGAGCUCUUGACCCAGGUGCAGGUGCAGUACUUGAGCCACCCACUGCGCCCGAAGCUGCACACAGUCGGCAUUAACUGCGUCCCGGGCGGAGCAAAGAACAGGGGCUUGCAACGAUUGGCGCAGCUGACUUCGGGACGCUUCCGGGCCCCAUGCUUGGAACAGGACGCUGGCGAAGGACUUCCCCCAGGAGUGUCAAAGGGCGAGAAGGUCAAGGGCCUCGACUUGCUGGACAACCAUUUUGCCACCACGAACCAGGACACAAGAGAUCUCUUGCCGCGAGGUGGGAGAGGCAGAGGCAAAGAUGUUGAUCUUGCAGACGACCGCUCCGCUACAACAGAUGAGGAGGACUCCAGCCCUGGUGAUGCUGACAGCGAGGUUGGCUGGCCAGGAGUAGAGUCCAUGUUUCGCAUAGUCGGUUUCAGAGCGUCGGGCGGCUAA